AACCGUCUCCCUCCACCCCAAACAAUAACAGCACCGAGGCAGCGCGGGAGUCCAGCAUGCGGCCAGCGGACGGAGAGCUCCGGGCUGCAGCGGCUCACACGGCGGCUCCGCUCCGCCGUUGAGCUUCGCUCUCGCGGCAGCAGUCGAUCCUUUUACGGGCUGUGACAGGCUGGGCGCGCGGCAGACACGGCGAGCAUUGUUUCGCUUUUUUUUUCUUUUCUUUUUUCACCGUUUUACCGCCUGACAGCCCCCCUCCUUCCUGACCAACAGGGUCUCAGAUUCUCAUGGACUCCCUGCGUUAGUUUUCUCCUUUUCAGCUCUUUCUCUGUGUGAGCAGCGCUGCAGUCAUGUUUGCAGUGCGGAUAGUCACCGCAGACUACUAUCUGUCCAGCCCCAUUAAAGGCCUGGACGUGUGUUACUCUGAAUUCAGGGACAGCGAAGUGAAGAAGGUGCCGGUGGUGCGGAUAUUUGGAGCCACUCCAGCAGGUCAGAAGACGUGUCUCCACCUCCAUGGCGUGUUCCCCUACAUCUAUGUGCCGUACGAUGGCUGCACACAGCAGCCAGAGCGCUACAUGCGGCAGGUGGCCUUCAGCAUCGACAGGGCCCUCAACGUUGCCAUGGGAAACCCCGCCGCCAGCACCCAGCAUGUCUUCAAGGUGGUGCUGGUCUCUGGCAUGCCUUUCUAUGGUUUUCACGCCAAAGAGAAGCACUUUAUGAAGAUCUACUUGUACAAUCCUCAGAUAGUGAAAAGAGUGUGUGAGCUUUUACAGAGUGGAGCAGUGAUGAACAAGAGCUACCAGCCUCACGAGGGCCACAUCCCCUACCUCCUGCAGCUCUUCAUGGAUUAUAACCUGUAUGGCAUGAACCUGAUUAACAUGGGAGCUGUGAAGUUCCGCAGGAGCCAUAACAAAGACGGAGCAGCUCCAGAGGCGGAUCCAUCAUCUUCCAGCUCUCAUCCCAGCAUCAGUCCCUGGAAGAUCCCCUGUUCCACCAGGCUGAACGACAGCAGCCUCGCAGGCACCUUCGUCCGCUGGGAGGAGAGCGCUCUACCCUGCUCUUUAGUCCUGGAGAACGUGGAGAGGCAGAGCACCUGUGAGCUGGAGGUGGAUGCUGUGGCUGUCGACAUCCUUAACCGCCUCGACAUUGAAAAUCAGAUUGGAAGGAACCCCGGACUGCAGGCUAUUUGGGAGGAUGAGAAGCAGAGGAGGAGGGAGAACAAUCAGUCCUCCCAGAUAGAAGCUCCUCAAUCACAGGAGCGUAGCUCCGUCACGUUAACGGACAGCGAGCAAACCUUCCUGAAGAGACUGAAGGACAUCCUGAGGGAGAACAAGUUUGAUUUAACCCAGGAUUUGCCGUUGGAUGAUGAGGAGAGUUUCUCAGCAGAGCUCACCCUGCAUCCUGACCAGCCGACCCCAGACGAGCUGCCCUGUACUGCUGCUAAUGCUGUGCAGGAGCACAGGGACUCUCAGCCAGACUCGGAGAGGAGCAGUGGGAGAGUCCCAGAGGAGGCGGUCGUUGAUGAGGAGGCCAUCCUAAGUCUUCUGGAGAGCAGUCAGACUUUUCUCCCACUCUCACAGACGUCCAACCACUCCCCGCUGUUAGAAAGCAGUCAAGAUCACGCCCUCAUCGAUCUGCUGGCAGGCCUGGAGGAUGACGGCUUCCACCGGUCCCCCCUCAGACAGGCCGCUAAGUCUCAUUCGCUGGCUGGUGCAGCAGCCUACCACUGUAAUAGUGAUGAAGAAGAAGCCGGGCCGGAGCUGGCGAAGGAAGAGGCGGAGCUCAGUAUGAUCAUGUCACAGCGGUGGGACAGCAAGCGCCAUGGGAGAACUGACCCGCUGAGGCCUGGAGUCAGGGAUGCGGAGGAUGGCUUCAGCGACGAGCAGCAGGAGUCCUCUGACGAAGACAUGGAUUGGAGCGGGAAUCAUUCCCUGUUUGCCGAUCUGUCCAUCCCACAGCUGGAUGGGGCGGCGGACGAAAGCAGCGAUUCCUCCUUAACGGACACAGGCUCCAUGUCUCAGUCCUCGCUUACAGUCACAGAGAAGCUGUUGGGAAAAAACAGCCCUUGCACAGGAGAGAGCGUCCACCUGGAGCCGCCUUCGCCCGCUAAGAUCCUGCUGUGCAAGCAUCCUGAGCACAGGCCAGGCCGCGUUUUGGACACGGAGGAACAACUGGAAAACCCCUUUCAGUUGAAAAGCAGCCAGGACGGAGCUAGUGGGUGUUCUGCAGGUUUCAGGGUCAAUAAAGAAAUCCCGUACAUCUUGCCAGUAAAGCACCCGAUUCCUGGUAAAAUAUCCGCCCACUCCGAGGUCUCUCCCAUUUGCAUGGACAAAGAGGACAUCCGUCCUUUGUAUGCGUGUAACAAGAAGAGCUCCAAACCCACAGAUAAGGCUGAGCUGGAAGGCUUCCCCUUUGCUGCUGGAAAGGUAUCAAAACACAGGAAGCAGUACAGCAGCCUGGAGACGGUGGAGGCUAAAAGUUUGUCAAUUUUCCAGAAACACAGCACCAUCUCCCUCUGCUACCCGGACCUCAGAACCUGCUCUGCCAAGACAGAGCUGGAGUUGAGCACUAAGGAGAGAAAAAGCCCCAAAAAGCUCAUGAAGGACGGCGAGUUCAGGGAUCCCAGGGAGGAGGAAAUGGCCCCAGAAAGCGAGGAAGGAGAUGUCGGGGAACUCAAAAUCAGAUACGAAGACUACCAGGAAAAUAAAACCGAGCGGACUAUCGUGGCCCAGCAGGAAGCGCACUACAAGUUCUUCCCCAGUGUGAUCCUCUCCAACUGUCUCAACAGAAAGAAAAGCGGAAACAAAAAGCCGGCGGACGCCUGCUGUAAACCAGAGCCAUCCCCGCCUUGCAAGUUGAAGCUAAAACUUCCUAAAAAGAGGUUAGGAAUGGCCGGCCAUAGGAGCAAAGCACUGAUGUGUCAGAGCCUGUCCUCUGACGGGCCGGUUAGCACAGAGCUCUCCUCCACAACGCCUGCUUUACACGAUUCAGAGACCGAGGGGCCAGUUUCAGAGGACCAACCAGAAUCACAGACCGAGGCAGAUAAAGAGGCCGAGCCCGUCGUAAACAGGGAGUUGGAUGGUGAGAAGAAGCCUGUCAUUGACCUGAUAGAACCAGAGGCGGUCGUCUCCAACCUCACCGUCGAGUCCUCUUUUUGCGAAGAAGCCAAAGACACAACCGAAGAGAAUCUGAGCCUUGAUCCGCCUUCAUCUGCUAAAGUUAGGCACACUAAACCGUCAACACUGCCAGGAAGUAAAUACAAGCUGAGGGCGAAACGGAAAAUGACCACUGAUGGCGACAGCGAGGACCACCCAGUUUCCAGUCGUUCCAAAAAGCCGGGCAAGCUUCCCGGGUGGCAGGAGACCAAGCAAAACAAGAGACGCAAGAGGGAGCCUCCUGUCAUCAUCAAGUACAUCAUCAUCAACCGGUUCAAAGGACAGAAGAACAUGUUAGUGAAGAUGUCCAAAGUGAGCGCCGAGGAACAGCAGGUUGUUUUGACUCCUGACAAAAUGGAGCGUUACAAUAAACUGGCUCCUCUGAAGAGUUUCUGGCCUAAAGUACCAGAGUCCACAGCUGUCAGGUUUCCCAUCAAAGAGCCCAAAGCUAAAAAAGCACCCAAACGGAAACCGAGGGUCAACAAUGCCAACAUCAACCUGAUCAGCGGCUCCCCCAAAACGCCCGCGACCAAACGAGGAAGGAUGAGACGGACUAAAGGCUGCCCAAGGCGGCCGGAUCUGCCCUCCCUACCUCCACCUCGGCCGUCUUACUGCGAGCUUGCGGAUGAUACCGAGAAAGAUUACGCUGAUGUCAUGGUAGAACUGGGCUAUCUGUCAGACCGAUCCCCGAGCCCCACUGAAUCCACGCCGCCGCGCUGCUGGUCCCCGAGCGAGCCUUCCCUGAGCUGCUCAGAGAAGCUGAUCAAUCCGCUCAGUGACCCGUGUCUUAGUGCUGCUCCUCAGAAGCCUGCGACCAAACGAGCCCGAAACGCCAAAGCUAAGAGGUCCGCCAACUCUAAACGGACAGCAAAAGGGUCCGCCAAGUCCUCGGAGGCACAAGAGCCCAAAGUGGAGAAAUCCAGAAAACGAAACGCCGCUACUCCAAGGCAGAGGAAGAAAGCUAAAGAUGGAGUUGAAAGUCCUGCAACGUUUCCGCAGCCCAGAAGGUCCCGCAAGAAGAAAACCAGCGAUUCAUGUAAAGCAGACUCCCAGCAGCGGGUUCCUCCACCGAAGGAUUCCCCUAAAGAAGUUCCUCCAUCUCAGCAGCCGUUAGGCCCCGACCACAGCAGCGCCAACAGGGAGUUCACUCCUGCUCCCUCGACCAGCUUCGUCAAGCCGAAGGCGGAGGACUGUGAGACCUCCAUCAUGGAGGCCAACCAAAGUCUGCUGGCUCCGGUAGAAGUGAAGCAGCAGGGCUGUCAGACCGCCGUGGUGAAAUCAGAGUCCUUCCCGGAGGAGAGCGCCGCCCCUCAGCCUGAAGAUGUCAAGAGAGAAAACGGUUUUCCUAAAAACGGGGAGGUCCCUCCUCUCCCUGAGGUCUCUGGCCUGGCGGUGCUGAAGCAGCUCCUCCAGAAGAGGCAGCAGGGCCAGGCGCUCCCUCUGCAGGCGGUCGGCACAGACAGACACGCUGCCGCCCUCGCUCAAGCCGCAGUGCUGCUAAACCCCUCCGCCAAACCCAUCAGGACCCCUGCCACUGCUCCUCGUAAACCCCGCGCCCCGAAAUCGGCCGCUUCCAAAGAGAAAAGGCCCAGAACCAAGAAAGCCAGGACCAGCUGCACUCAGCCGGAACAGCCAGGGAAGCAGGACGGCAGCACGUCUGAUGACUGCCUUCUCUUCUCCUCCGCUCCCAGCCUCGCCAGCUGCAACUUCAUAGAGGACAGCCUGUCCCCCGAGCUGCCCCCCUCCUACACCUUCGACAUUAACACCAUCCACCAGGCAGAGUUCUCUAGCCCCUACAGCGGCAGUCAGUUCGUUUUGACCGACAAAAACCUCCCCGUCAAGUUCCUCAGUGACAUCUGUCAGGAAGCGCCGCCUGCUCAGACGAAGUGCGUGGAGGAGCUCCCUCAGGGCAAAACCCAUCGAGGCUCGGAUGUGGGCGGCGCCAGGGCAGCCAGUCCAGAACUCUUUGACAGCUCUGGGAACAGAGAGCCUUUGGCGGACAUCACCUCCCUGGAUUGUGAGAGGCAGAGGGAGUGGGACCGGUCUCUGUUCAAACCUCACAUCCUCAGCCCCUUCCAAGACUUCCACUGCGAGAGGAAAGAGCUCCUGUUCUCCGCCUUCGACCCCGUCAUCCCUCUGUCUCUGAGCUCGGUGUCGUUCAUCGACCAGGAGGGCUCCCCGACCAGCGAGCUCCAGGAGAGCAUCGACGGGCUGACGUCCACCACGCCCAGCAGCUCCCCUCACUCUAUCAGCUCGCUGUCACAGGCUAGGGGAGGCCAGCUUCACCGGGGGGCCGCAGGCGGAGCCCACGUCCUCAAGCCACUCAUGUCUCCUCCCAGUCGGGAGGAGAUCCUCAGCACGCUGAUGGACCUGGACAUGUCAGAGGCCACUUUCCAGGAGCCCUUCUGCAGCGACCCCUCUGACAUCCCAAGCAGGCCAAUGGAGGUCGGAGGGCGUAAACUGACAGUUGGAACCAGACUGGUGAAGGAGCUGGAGGAGUUCAGAGGAGACAUCUCUUUGGAGGGCCUCCUUUUCUGGAAGACUGCCUUCUCCGUCAUGACACACCCCGCUGCCACCAUCACCACCUCAUCGCAGGAAGCAGAGACAAAGGAAGAGAAGACCGAGCUCCCAGAAUCCUCAGCCAGCGACAAGAAGGUGGUCCUCCUGCCCUGCAGAAACCCACCGAGCCGGGAGCGCGUGCAGCUGUGGCUGGAAGCCAGGAAACAGUACGACAGCCUGCAGAGAGGGAGGAGAGAGACGGGGAAGGAGAGGGGUGAGGCUGAGGUGGAGCAGGACAGUCCGGAGAGAACGGAGCUGCGGGCCGCGUCCAGAAGCCCCUCAGUUACCGUCCAACAGUGCGGGAACGUUUCCAGCACCAGAGCUCAAAGAAGGAAGAAGCUCAACCUGUCUUUCCUCUUGUCUCCUCUGGCGGAUGGAGCCAGAUCCAGCGCAGAGAGUCCAGGUUCUGAUGAGAGCGGGGCGAGCCCGGAGCCGGAGGACAAAGACGAGGAUGAAGAUGAUGCUUCUAAAACAACUUCUCCAGAAUCCCCAGAGCUGCCUCCGUGGCAGGAAUCCCAUCAGCUGAGCCCUGAACGCCUCAUCAACAGGAAGCCAUGUGAAAACUCACCGGAACCAUUGUCCCCCAUGCAGCAGGAGCCCGGAGGGGGCCGAUCUCCUUCCCCGUUCCUUAGCAACAACAGGGACGGAGACAGUAGCCCACUCCCCCUACACAGCACCCCCUUCAUGAGGAAAAGGAGGAGGAGCACAGAGGAGCAUGAUCCGGUGUGCAGCACCCCCAUGAGUGACAAAGAUCCUGUUUGUCCAAGACUUCAGCAGAGGAGAAGAAGCCAAGCUGAUCCUUUGAGAAGAGUUUUACUGACCACACAGAUGAAGAACCAGUUUGCUGCUAUAAACGUGCCAAAGAAGGACCAGUCUCAGAUUGAAGGGCCCAGCAUAGCCAACUCGUACGGCUUCAAAGUCAGCAUGCAGAACCUGCAGGACGCCAAGGCUCUGCAUGAGGUCCAGUACCUGACCCUGAUGGGAAUGGAGCUCCACGCAAGAAGCCGCCGUGACCUGGAGCCCGACCCAGAGUUUGACCCUAUAUGUGCCUUAUUCUACUGCUUCAGUUCUGAUGCCCCCCUGCAGGGAGCAGACGGCAACCAGCUGACGGGCGCCAUCAUGGUGGACAGAGAGCAACAGAGUGCGGGGCGAGGCUGCAGAGCGACAGCGCCGCUGCUGGUCAGGUCAGGCGUCUCUGGGCUGCAGGUGACCUAUGCCAGCGAGGAGAAGAUGCUGUUUCAGGAGCUCAUCACCAUCAUGAGAAGGUUCGACCCAGACAUCCUGGUGGGCUAUGAGGUUCAGAUGCGUUCAUGGGGCUACCUGCUUCAGCGUGCCGCUGCGCUGGGAGUGGACCUCUGCCAGCAGCUGUCCCGGAUCCCAGGCGACUCCAAGGAAAACCGCUUCGCCGCCGAGAGGGACGAGUACGGCGCCGACACCAUGACUGAGAUCAACAUCAUCGGACGCGUCACCCUCAACCUGUGGAGGGUGAUGAAGAGUGAGGUGACUCUGAACAACUAUGGCUUUGAGAACGUGGCCUUCCAUGUCCUCCACCAGCGCUUCCCUCUCUACACCCCCCGCACGCUGUCUGACUGGUUCGACCACGUCACAGACCUGUACAGGUGGAAGAUGGUGGACCACUACGUCAGUCGUCUGCACGGCAUCAUGCAGCUGCUGCAGCAGCAAGAUAUCAUCGGCAGAACCAGCGAGCUGGCCCGACUCUUUGGGAUUCAGUUCCUGCAUGUUCUGACUCGAGGAUCCCAGUACCGCGUGGAGUCCAUGAUGCUCCGCGUGGCCAAGCCUCUGAACUACAUCCCCGUGACGCCCAGCGUGCAGCAGCGAGCUCAGCAGAGGGCGCCGCAGUGCAUCCCUCUGGUGAUGGAGCCAGAGUCCCGCUUUUACAGCAACUCUGUGGUGGUUCUGGACUUCCAGUCGCUGUAUCCCUCCAUCGUCAUCGCCUACAACUACUGCUUCUCCACCUGCCUGGGCCACGUGGACAGCCUGGGAACGUCUGAUGAGUUCAGGUUCGGCUGCACGUCUCUGCGGGUUCCUCCUGAGCUGCUCCACCAGCUCCGUAACGACAUCACAGUCUCUCCAAGCGGCAUCGCCUUCGUUAAGUCGUCGGUGCGUAAAGGCGUCCUGCCCAGCAUGCUGGAGGAGAUCCUCAACACCAGGAUCAUGGUGAAGCAGUCCAUGAAGACCUACAAGCAGGACAAGGCCCUGAUGAGGCUGCUGGACGCCCGGCAGCUCGGACUCAAGCUCAUCGCCAACGUCACCUUCGGCUACACCGCCGCAAACUACUCCGGGCGGAUGCCCAGCGUGGAGGUGGGAGACAGCAUCGUCCACAAAGCCAGAGAGACCCUGGAGAGAGCCAUCAAGCUGGUCAAUGACACCAAGAAGUGGGGAGCACGUGUCGUAUACGGAGACACAGACAGCAUGUUUGUCCUGCUGAAAGGAGCCACCAAGGAGCAGGCCUUCAAGAUCGGACAGGAGAUCGCCGAGGCCGUAACCGCCACCAACCCCAAACCUGUUAAGCUCAAGUUUGAGAAGGUGUACCUGCCCUGCGUGCUGCAGACAAAGAAGCGCUACGUUGGCUACAUGUACGAGAGUCUGGAUCAAAAAGAGCCAACGUUUGAUGCCAAAGGGAUAGAAACAGUGCGUCGUGAUGGAUGCCCCGCCGUUUCCAAGAUUCUGGAGCGUUCCAUCAAGCUGCUGUUUGAGACGCGAGACAUCAGCCAGGUGAAGCAGUUUGUCCAGCGGCAGUGUGCGAAGGUUCUGGACGGCCGGGCCAGCAUGCAGGACCUGACCUUCGCAAAGGAGUACCGAGGCAGCGGGUCGUACCGGCCCGGAGCCUGCGUGCCCGCUCUGGAGCUCACCAGGCGUAUGAUGGCGUACGACCGCAGGUUGGAACCCCGAGUGGGAGAGAGGGUCCCCUACGUGAUCGUGUACGGGAUGCCCGGCGUGCCCCUCAUCCAGCUGGUGCGCCGCCCCAUGGAGGUGCUGCAGGACCCCAGCCUGCGCCUCAACGCCACAUACUACAUCACCAAGCAGAUCCUGCCGCCGCUCGGCCGCCUGUUCCAGCUGAUCGGGGUGGACGUCUUCAGCUGGUACCAGGAGCUCCCCCGGGUCCAGAAAGCUUCCUGCUCCUCUGGGCUGGGCGGGGAGGAGCCCACUGGGAGGAAGGGAACCAUUUCCCAGUACUUCACCACACUUCACUGCCCCGUCUGUGACGAGCUGACCCAGCUGGGGGUGUGCUCGCGCUGCCGGGCCGACCCUCAGAGGGUGGCGGUGACCCUGUACCAGGACAUGAGGCAGUGGGAGAGUCAGCAGGAGCAGCUGCUCAAGAUCUGCAGGAACUGCAGCGGCUGCGCUGAGCGGCAGGUCCCCUGCGUGUCCCUGGACUGUCCCGUCCUCUACAAGCUGUCCCGGGUCAGCAGACAGCUCUCCAAGGCCCCCUACCUCAGACAGCUGCUGGAGCAGUUCUGAUCGGCUCAUUUGGUGCUAAACUCUGACGCUUCACUCACAUUUUAACGGUGCUUUGAAUAAACUGGUUUGGUUUUUUUUAUAUCCGAUCUGGUGAUUAACUCUAAGUUAUGAGACGCUGGUUUACUGCCGCCUCCAUAAGCUGCUGGGUGAAGCCGAUUCAGCUCCCUGAUGAUUGACGCCACUAAGAGACGGAGGCCACGUUUCCUCCUUCAGUCCGUCCGCGUUAGCGCGAAAGCUGAACCUUCAAAAGGUGCCAUGUUUCCUGCGAUUGAACCGCCAUCGAUCCGACGCAUCCUUCAGCAGAGGGUGAGAACUGGAACUGCGUUUCUUUUCAAUCUGGGACUGUUGCAAUACUGUAUGAUAAAACGUCAUGAAGAGUCUAUUUCUUUGUGAACAUGGGUUUGAUGUACGUGUCCGGUUUCCUGUGCAAACCUGCUUCUAAACUACAGCAUCUUUCCUCAAACAUGGAAGAUCUGUUUGUAAAAAUGUAAAAAAAGAACGGGAAAAAAAAAAGAUAUGGAAGGUGUUUUUGAUUGUUUUUAUUGACGUGGCCGUGGUUGGAGGUUUGAGAUGAUUUAAUAAAAACAAACUCAGUAUUCA